AUGAGGAUCAGCACCUCCAAAUGUGAGACCAUGGAUCUGGACCGGAAAAAGGUGGUCUGCCCUUUCCGAGUCGGUGGGGAGUCUCUGCCCCAAGUGGACGAGUUGAAGUAUCUGGGUCUGGUUCAAAGUGCUCAGAUCAGACUGGUUGGUUCUGGUUCUACUCGGUGCUCUGGUAGAGUUGAGGUCUUCCACAGUGGUUCCUGGGGAACGGUCUGUGAUGAUGGGUGGGACUUAAACGAUGCUCAGGUGGUUUGUAGACAGAUGAACUGUGGGCCGGCAGUAAGAGCCCCAGACUCCGCCCACUUCGGUCCAGGCUCUGGUCAAAUCUGGCUGGAUGACGUGGGCUGUUCAGGAAGUGAGAGUUCUCUGAGUGGGUGUGGACACCCUGGAUUUGGGUCCCACAACUGUGGACACGGUGAGGACGCCGGGGUGGUGUGUUCAGGUGCUCAGAUCAGACUGGUUGGUUCUGGUUCUACUCGGUGCUCUGGUAGAGUUGAGGUCUUCCACAGUGGUUCCUGGGGAACGGUCUGUGAUGAUGGGUGGGACUUAAACGAUGCUCAGGUGGUUUGUAGACAGAUGAACUGUGGGCCGGCAGUAAGAGCCCCAGACUCCGCCCACUUCGGUCCAGGCUCUGGUCAAAUCUGGCUGGAUGACGUGGGCUGUUCAGGAAGUGAGAGUUCUCUGAGUGGGUGUGGACACCCUGGAUUUGGGUCCCACAACUGUGGACACGGUGAGGACGCCGGGGUGGUGUGUUCAGGUGAGAAGCUCUGA